GUGAGAGCUCGGGGGCAGUGGCGCUCUCAAAGGGGCACCAUCAACACACUGUCCAGCCCGCCACGUAGAGCUGAAACCAUCGGUCAAAUUUGAAAGGAAAGAGAGAAAAAACGUUUCAUUGGGAGGAAAUGUCUCGACAGCGAAGUGCUCCCCCCACGUGAAUUCCCGAAGUGGGUUUUGAAGUGAUUAUUCUUAGGACUCGAGAUCCAGCAAACAUGUCAGGAAAAUCCGAUGGGAAAAAGAAGUGGGCGGCAGUCAGAGGCCGCCUGGGCUCCUCGCAGGACUCUGACACCCAGCAGGAGGCCAACCUGGAAAGCGCCGAUCCAGAGCUGUGCAUCCGACUGCUGCAGGUUCCCACCGUGGUCAAUUACUCUGGGCUGAAGCGGCGUCUGGAAGGCAGCGAUCAGACCUGGAUGGUUCAGUUCUUGGAGCUAAGCGGCUUGGACCUCCUCCUGGAGGCCCUGGACCGGCUCUCUGGGCGAGGAUGUUCCCGCAUCGCGGACGCUCUGCUGCAGCUCACAUGCGUCAGCUGUGUCCGUGCUGUGAUGAACUCCUCUGCUGGGAUCCACUUCAUCAUAGAGAACCAGGGAUACAUCCGCAAGCUCUCACAAGCCCUGGACACCUCCAACAUCAUGGUGAAGAAGCAGGUGUUUGAGCUCCUCGCUGCCCUCAGUAUGUUCUCCUCAGAUGGUCACCGCCUGGCUCUUGAUGCUCUGGAUCACUAUAAGGGCGUGAAGAUGCAGCAGUAUCGCUUCAGUGUGAUCAUGAACGAGCUGCAGGCCACAGACAACGUCCCUUACAUGGUCACGCUUCUCAGCGUCAUCAACGCACUCAUCUUCGGCACAGAUGAUCUCAGGCAGAGAGACAAGAUGAGAAAUGAGUUCAUUGGCCUCCAGUUACUUGAUAUACUGCCAAAGUUAAGGGAGCAGGAGGAUGAAGACUUGAUCAUUCAGUGUGAAGCUUUUGAGGAGUCGAUGGCUGAAGAUGAGGAGGAGCUGUUGAGGGUGUACGGGGGAAUCGACAUGAGUGAUCACCUGGAGGUUUUCACCGCACUCUUUAACAAGGUGAGCAGCUCUCCUGCUUCCCUUCAGCUGCUCUCCAUCCUGCAGACGUUGUUGGUGCUGGGACCGAGUCGCACCGAUAUUUGGCUGGCCCUUGAGGCCCUCACAAAUAGAGCCAUCCUGUUGGCCCAAGACUCUUGUUUGGAGUCCUGUGAGAAGAUCCUGCAGCGGCUGAUGUUCUCCAAACGGAGAAGCUGUGAAGGUUAUCAUGAAGUGGACGCGUCUGUGCUGAGGGUGGAUAAGGCUGUGCAGACUGAUCCGGAUCACAAAGAGAAGCCAGACGGAAACAAAGGGUCCCCUCAGAGCUCAAUGUGUGCCUCUGCUGCUCCUCCGCCGCCGCCGCCUCCUCCUCCUCCUCCACCGCCGCUACCUGGAGGGCUUAACAUUCAACCACCACCACCACCACCACCUCCUCCUUUGCCUGGAAUGCCUCUACCACCACCCCUGCCUUGUGGUCCAGGUGUGCCUCCACCACCACCACCGCCGCCUCCUCCUCCACCAUUAGGGGGAAUGGGGCCCCCACCUCCUCCGCCCCCACCUGGAAUGCCUCCUCCACCACCUCCACCGGGUGGGAUAGUGGCUCAAAGUGGCCAAGCCCUGGGGUGUGCUGCACCUGGGACAUUGCGAAGGUGUCCCACUCUGAAGAUGAAAAAGCUCAACUGGCAGAAGCUCCGCUCUGUUACAGACGGUCCCUCCAUGUGGACUUCAGUGCAGAAGGAUCCGCCUCCUCAUGAACCGGACUACAGCAGCAUCGAGGAGCUGUUCUGCCUCCCUGUGACGGAGUCCAAAGACAAGGGGGCAGCUGCACCCAUCAAGAAGGAGCCGAAAGAGAUAACAUUUAUUGACUCAAAGAAAAGCUUGAAUAUCAAUAUAUUUUUAAAGCAGUUCAAAUGCACAAACGAGGAUUUUGUGGCGAUGAUCAAGAGUGGAGACCGGCGCAAGUUUGACGUGGAGGUGCUGAAACAACUUCUCAAGCUGCUACCAGAGAAGCACGAGAUUGAGAACCUGAAAUCUUUCCAAGGAGAAAAGGAGAAGUUGGCAAAUGUUGACCGUUUCUACAGCGCUCUCCUCACUGUGCCAUGUUAUAAGCUGAGAAUUGAGUGCAUGCUGUUGUGUGAGGAGACUGCAUCCAUGUUGGAGAUGCUCAGGCCUAAAGUGAAGCUGUUGGACGAGGCCUGUCAUUCCAUCAGAACGAGCACACUUAUACCCAGCUUCUGCAGGCUUAUCCUUGACGUGGGCAAUUUCUUGAACUACGGAAGUCACACGGGGAAUGCCGAGGGGUUCAAGAUCAGCUCCCUGCUCAGGCUCACAGAGACUAAGGCUAACAAGAGCCGCGUCACUCUGCUUCAUCACAUCUUGGAGGAAGCAGAGGAGAACCACCCAGAGUUGUUGGCACUGCCGGAUGAAAUACAGAUAUGUCAGAAAGCAGCAGGAGUCAAUCUGAAUUCUGUUCAGUCGGAGUGCAGUGUGUUACUGAAACAACUGACCGAAGCGACCAAGAAAGUUUCCAACUCUGACGAUGAAGUGAAGGAACAGUAUUCUAAAAUUCUUCAGGAAAAUCUGGAGACCUGUAGUGUUUUGGGUGAGAGAUUUGCUGAGAUUGAGAAGAAGAGAAGCGAGCUGGCCGUCUACUUGUGCGAAGACGCAAAUCAGCUGUCGCUGGAGGAACUCUUCGGGACCAUCAGUACUUUCCGAGACCUUUUCAUCAAGUCACUGAAGGAAAACAAAAUGAGGAAGGAGCAGGCUGCCAAAGCUGAGAAGAGAAAGAAGCAACUGGCAGAGGAAGAGUCCAAGAGGCAGAAGGGACACAAUGGAAAAAUAAUCAAAAAAGGCAUCGCUCCACAGAACGAUGGUUGCAUCAUUGAUCACCUCUUGGCGGAUAUCCGGAAAGGUUUCAGCCUAAGAAAGACCCGGCCAAGGUGCGAUUCGGAUAACCUCCCUACUAGUGAAAAACGUAGAGAUACCCGCUCGCCUGGUUCAAAUGUGAAGUCUGUCGACGAAAAGGCCGCCGAAGCACUUACCACGUCCUCCCCCGCCAAAACUCCGACAGAGGACCGGCGAGGGCUGACAGGAGAAGUGAACGGCUGCCUGUCCCCGUCAGAAGAAACUCAGACAGCACCCCGGCUCAAUACAGGGCAAGGAGGAACAGCUACUUCCCCGAUCACAACCCCAGGAGAGGCAGCCAUAACGGAUCCGAAACACCCGGGAUGUCUUGUGCCGCCACCGGAUGGUCCACGCCCAGACAAGCUCUCCACUUUAACGCUAGAUGUGAUCUCACCCCUGCCUCCGGCUGAAGCCCCUCUUCAAAUGCAUCUGCCCACAAAUGGCUUCUCGCUAGAUUCAAGUGAGACUAGUGUGCUGAGUCCAUCCACCCUCUCUGAUUUAGACCUGCUGGAGGUAGCGUUGGAUAGCACACCAUCUGAGAAGCUGAUGCCUGAGGAUGCAGCAGAUAUUGGCUCUCCAGUCAAGGAAAGUUUACCUAGCACAGACAUGUAUGUGAAGACUAGUGUGAGCAGCGUAACAGGAAGUGGGAGGGUGGAAACGUGUCCUAAGACACAGACUGUGGGGCAACAGAAGGCGCAGGUAGAGGGCACCAUUGCAAGAAAGUGCAGCCAAGAGGAAUUCAUCACACGCCUACCUUCAGACCCUAAAGUCAGUGUGACAGCUCUUGACGAGGGCAUCGGUGGGUGUGAUGUUCCAGAUGGGCCAGAGCCAGAUCUGCCAUCAGCGUCUGAAGCUGUACCCCCCUCCCUUAAACCGGAACCAAAGAAACAAGUGAGGCUCUUUAAGCGCACCAAACAAAAGAGUAAUCAAGGUAACAGUGGAAAAGGACACAGUAAACAUAAAACAGGCUGUGUGUUGCAGUGAGGUGAAACCAGAAAAAGAAAAUCAAGAGGAAAAAGAAAAUAUUAAGACUGAAGGGACGAUUUUAACUUUUUGUGAAUAAAAAUUAAACUUGACUGUUAAAGAGGAUUUCAAGAAGAUUUUCAACGAGAAGAAAGAGGACUCAUUGAGAUUGAUGGGAUUUUUUUUCACUGUGUGGGUGCCAAUGGGUCACUUUGUUUUUGUGACCAUCAAUGAAGUGAUAUUUAAAGGGGUAGGGGGGUAGAUCUUUAUAUGCUAUUGUAAUAUUCAGUGAAUGUGAUUUUUGCCAUAAGCUUGUGUUAAUUGGCAGCAUAAAAGAAGACUCAGUAUUGUAACAAAAUGUUUAAUUUAUCCAUCAAAGAUGAAUUUAUUUGCAUUUAUAUAUUCUAAAGAGAUGUUGGAAUGUAACUUUUAAUGUUAUAUUUUAAUAAAAUGUUGAUCUGUUA